AUGUAUUUACUAGUUUUUUUGUGUUUCACUUAUGAGGCCCUUGGUAAUGAAGUUUUGUUUGACUCCUCGUUUACCUCAAAUAGCUUUACGACUAGUGAAGGUUAAUAAUUAUUAUGAUAAAUAGGAUGGAAUGAAUUUUAAAGAUAAGGCGUAAGCUUCAACAUUGGGGCUUAUUAGAGUUAAAACUAUUUUGGAUUGAAUACAUUCGUAGGAUCAUUUUUACACAACGAUGGAAUAUCUAAAAUGUUCUAUUCAUUGCCACCCCAUUAUGCAAUCAGAGUUAAAGGGACUACAUUAAUGUAAUUACCACUUGUUAUGAAAGUAAAAUAACUGGAAUUUAUGCAUAAAACAUGGGAGGAGUCCUGAUUGAUGGCAAAAUUUCCAUAACCAAAUUUAUGAGAUCGUACUAUCAGGAUCCUAAUAACCCGUAAAUGUAUUUAAAAGGUGAAUUUGAUGUAACUGAGCUUCACUAUGCCACUUCAGCCUUAAUUUAAUUGGAAUUUGGGAAUAGUAACGAAGGUUACAAUGUAACAUUUGGCUUAAGAGACUUUUACUUUUAUAUUUAAAAAUGUCCAAGUGGAUGCGAAUCAUGUGAUAAUGCUAUUGCUUGUAACAGUUGGAAACUGCAAUAUAGAUCAUUAACCAAUCAACAAUUUUCGACAUUUGACACAGAAGGAUGGUAAAUAAGUACUAAGUUUAAUAAUUUGGACACAAACACUUAUAUGUCUCUAGAAAACUGUAUAGGUAAAUAAAAUUAAGUUUUUAGGUAAGAGCUUUGAUACAGUCUACUUUGGCUUUGGUUUAUUAAAUUAAUAAAUUACUAAAACCAUAGAAUUGCCUCUCCAUUAUAAAGUCAAGAUUUCCUAUCACUAGUUAUUAUACACUAUUAACCCUAAGUUUUCAUACAAUUGGGUGAUGGAAAUUGAUGGAUAAAUAAUUACAACUAAAACUUUUGGUUACAUAUUUGGUACGCCACCUCAUCUUUGUAUAUAUGUUUACCCUCCUGUUUCUAUUAAUGAGGGUCAAACUGGAGAAAUUUAUGAUUAAAUUAAUUUUGAAUCAAGUCAUACCAAACAAUUUUUAAACUAUGCCACUUAUCCCACUAAUUACAUAUUUAGUGAUUCAUUAAUAAAGUGGGCAAUACGAGAUUUUGAAGUUUAUAUCAAAAAAUGCCAUGCUUCAUGUUUAUAUUCCUGCAAAGGGCCAGGUCCUUAAGAUUGUGUAGAUGAUGUUCUUUAUAAGUUGUUUCAAUUUUAUUCUGUUUUUACAGAGACAACGUUUACUAAUAAUGAUGGUUGGCAAAUGAUAAAGGCAACUCCUUUAUCAAUUUUAAGAUGUAUGGAUAGUCUUGUCGCUGUUGGUACUAAAUUCUUUUAAGGGAGUAAUUACUUUCAAAAAAUCUAUUAUUUAACACAAACUCAUACUUCCGUUUCCAUAUCAUUUACUUUAUACUAGAUUGAUAAGUUUACAGGGGAAAAACUCUUUGUAUUGGUAGAUGAUGUUGAAGUUAAAUAAGUAUCCUUACUUCCAGUGACAAUUGAUGAUGGACUUCCUUUUUGCGGAGUCGAUACUGAUUACGACAAAAGAAUAGUUGUUAAUGUUACUGGAAUUGCUCAUUCAUAAAAAGUACUAAUUGUACAAUUAUACACUAAUCAAAUUGCAUCAGCAACUGGUUCUUGGGGAAUAAGGAACUUUGUAUUAACAAUAGAUAGGAAAUAGAUGCCAACUGAAUUUACAAAUUUGAAUUUAGAUAGCAAUGACUACAAGGACUGGGUAUUCACACCAACCACAUUUUAAUUAUCCCUUUGUUCUUCCAAAACCUUAUUCGGAGGCACUUCAUCAUUAGAUGAGAAUUCAAGUCUCAGAAAAAUCAUUAAAAAUAUCCCUGAACAUGAAAAAAUUAAAAUUGAAUUCAAAAUAGUACUAAAAGUAGUAAGUGAUAAAAAUAUCCAACUAGCCUUUGAUAUUGAUGGAACACGAGUAUUUGAAAAAUAUCUUCAAACUAAAACAUUGUUAUAUUGUGAUGCAUCUACUAACAGCAACUUUUACUCAAUAGAAGAAAUAUACGACCACAAAAAUUCUGAAGUAUUUUUGUUAAUUUCCACCAGUAAUUCUGUAGGUCUCAUGUGGGGUAUAAGAGAUUUUAAAUUAAGUUAUUAUCAAAGACAAAUCUACACAGGAUGA